AUGAAGCGACUUGGGACAAGCUUGUUGAUUCUCAUUUCUCUCAUUGCCGUGGUGCUUUUUCUGAUGACUUUCCAACAACAUGAAUCAUCAAUCCAUGUACAUGCACACGGAGUUCAUCAUUCCCAUCAUCAUGAUCAUCAUGAAGAAGAAGAAGAAGCACAUGAUCAUCAUCAUUUCCAACAUCAUCGACAACUUUCCUCCAUUGAGGCUACCACAGUAAAAUCAUCAUCAUCGGACAACAAACCUCUUGAUCAUCCAUCAACAAUUAGUAAAACAACAACCACAGUAAAAGGAACAGAUUCUUCAAAACGUUCUACUCUCUCGGUAUGGAUUUAUUCAUUGGCAAGCUCGUUCGGGGUUUCAUUACUUUCUCUGGUUGGGGCAAGCUUGUUGUUUUAUGGAUGUUCAUCUUCUUCUCGAUAUUCAUCAUCAUCAUCUUCAGCAACAAUAACCACAAACGGAAAGAGCAAUCAUCCAACUACUGAAAAUAGAGAGCAACAACAACAACAAUAUGGAUCACCUAGUACUGGUAAUUUACAAUUUAUCUUGAGUUGCGUAGCUAUUGGUUCAUUGUUGGGUGAUGUUUUUCUCCAUUUGAUGCCAAUCUUGUAUGCUGCAACGAGCCAUGACGAAGAAGACGGACAUGAUCAUGCAGAUGGUGCUGCACAUCAACACAUUCAUGGUAAUAAUUCUUCAUCCUUUGUCAUAUUAUUGGCUUUUCUUGGAUGUUUACUGAUUGAAGUUUAUUUGAGAGUGAAACAACAACGAGAAGAAAGAAAUGCAGAAGUAAAACAUGGUGCCACUGUCGAUGACGAUCAUCAUCACCAUAGCACCAAUAAUAAUGGAAAUCGAUCGAAAACUAUGUCACAUCACCACCAUCACCAUCAUCAUAUUAAGGCAGUGGGUUGGCUUAAUUUAAUUGGAGACGCAAUUCAUAAUUUUAUGGAUGGAGCAGGUAUUGCAGGAGCAUUUCAAAUUUCAAUUCCUGUUGGAGUGGCAAAUGUUUUGUGUAUUUGUAUGCAUGAGAUACCACAAGAAUUGUCAGAUUAUGGUAUCUUAUUGAGUGCUGGAUUUAGUGUGAAAAAUGCAUUAUUUUUCAAUUUCCUUAGUGGAGUACUGAGUGUAGUGGGAUGUAUUUUUGGACUCUUGUUGACUUCUGAUCAUGGAUUUCAGAUGUUAUUUAUUAACAAGAAUCAUUUGAUUGCAAUGAGUGCUGGUAGUUUUUUAUACAUUGCCACAUCAAUGAUUCCAAUUGUGUUGGAAGAGCUUGUUCAAAGUGAUAACGAUUUUAGGCCGAGCAUUGUUGAAGGAAUAACCAACUCUGACUCGGUUGACUCUGAAAGAAAAGGCAAAGAUUAUCAACAACCACAAUUCGCUCGAAAAUUUAUCUAUGCCCUUAGUGGUGUUUUGGCAGGUUUCUUGAUUAUGCACUUUAUUGGCUCCUACGAAGAGCACGUGACGAAUCUUGUUUCUUCCAUGUAUCGUGGAUAG